AAAUCUUCUUUUUCGCUUGCAUAUCCUCGCAAAAGUUUGUUGAGAAUUAAGACUCAGGCACCAUCAUACUCAUCCUUCAAGCACCAGUCUAGUGCCUCUAUCAAGUUACAAUCACUCUUCUUGCUGCAUUAUUGAGCAUUCAAACUAGGUUUAUAUGCAUGCAUCUUCCUUUAAUGCUUUAUGCUCAAGGUGGCGGGUACACUGGAAAUCUGGUAUAUAAACUGAUUGUCUUCACCCCACCUUCCACUACAUUUCCCACCAUCAACUAUCCCUACUCAACAUGACAGCUGAAACUGCCGAUUUCAAGGCAUUCCAAACAGCUCCAGCCGGUAAAAAGGCAACAUGGCAUCACAAAGAUCCAAAAGAAUGGGAUGGAGCUCAAAAGAUGAUCGUUGGUUUGGGAGUUUUGCAACAAGAUAAAAAUACCGCAAAACCACCCGUUCAUCCUAAAACUGAUCCUGUUCCCGUUUACUCGGUCUGGCGUCAACAUGCUUUCAUCUUGCCAAGGAUUCUAGCACCUUUGAUUGUUCAUAGGCUAUACAUGGAACUAACAGGUUGGACCUUACAUCCCGUUGUCGCAUUCAUUUUCUACUUUGCAUGCAUAAUUCAAUUUUUACGAAGACACGUUCAGGUUAUCAAGCGAAUGGGAAACAAGUAUGGAUUCUAUGAUGGAGCACAUGAACGAGACGGUGUGCCUGAUGUGCACGGAUGGAAGGUUCUCAACAGUCUUGUUAUGACACUAGGAUUACGUCCUCUCCUUGCAAUCUUCUGGGUAUACGACCGCAACGUCAAACCAAAUCUCUCUUGGCAAACACCAUUCGAUGUUAUUGCCUACACAUUGGCUCUCGACUUCUUCUUCUAUGUUUACCAUCGCUCAUUUCAUGAGGUGUCUUUCCUCUGGAAGUACCACAGGACUCAUCACACCACCAAACAUCCCAACGUUCUUCUAUCAGCUUACGCGGAUGAAGUUCAGGAGACGUUUGACAUGGUGGGAAUUCCAUUAUUUGCAUAUCUAGUCGUGCCUUUGGACUUCUACACAUGGUGGGUAGCAACAUGUUAUUUGCUAUACACGGAAUCUGCAGGUCAUGCCGGUGUUCGUGUAUUCUGGCAAGUUCCAACCACUUUCUGGCUUCGUUACUUUGGAUGUGAUCUAGCAAUCGAAGAUCACGAUCGUCAUCAUCAACAAGGUUACAGAUCUUCCGGUGAUUACGGAAAGCAAAGUAGAUUGUGGGAUGCUCUUGGUGGAACGAUGCGUAACCGUGUCGAAUCAGUUGCAUCAAAUUUGGAUCAUGUCAAUCAAGUCAAGACAUGGAAUUAGUCACACGAUUUCACGUAUAUUUUUUAAUGCAUCCUUUAUGACUGUAUAUAAUCUUUUUCUUUUCAAUAGCAAGAACUUUUUAAUGCACAAUCAAUUACUGAACUAUCAUCAUUCUUGUCGUGUGAUCG